GAUAAUCAAUCAAAGCAUGUGACUCAUGUUAAGGAUUCUUUAGAUAAUUAUUUUGAUUGAGUUUUUGUGUUAUUAAAUUGAAAUUUUUGUAUCUUGUUCAUAUUAUAAUUAUGGGGAAAGCUAAAAAGAAGAACGUGAAAGGUGGAAUGGAGAAACCGUAUACUAAUUUAGCUGAUCAAAUAGUUAACGAUCGCGUUGUUUCGAAAAAAAAUAAAGAACCCAAAAUAAGAAUACGUCAAGAGGAAAACGAAGAAUUAGUCAAUUCUCAGUUAUCAAAACGUAUUCUAGAUCAAAUUCGACAACAAAAACAAGAAGUAACUGAGAGUGAUGGUAGCAGUAAAAAUCUUCUUACUUCCCUGGGCUCAGGAACUGAUUCAGAAGAAGAAGAUAAUGAUGAAAAAACAAUGUUUGGCGAAGAUGAAGGAGAUUUUUAUGAACAAUUGGAAAUCAAUGAAGAAGAUGAAAAAGCAUUGGAAAUGUUUAUGUCUAAAAAACCUGAAGCUAGACUAACAUUAGCUGAUAUGAUAAUGGAAAAAAUUACUGAAAAACAAACUGAAAUACAAUCACAGUUCACUGAUGCUGAAAGUAUGCAAUUACAAGAUGUAGAGCCAAGAGUAUUACAAAUGUAUAAGGGUGUAAAACAAGUUUUAAGUACUUAUAGAAGUGGAAAACUUCCUAAAGCUUUUAAACUAAUACCAAAAUUACGAAAUUGGGAACAAAUUUUAUAUAUCACAGAACCUACAUCUUGGAGUGCUGCUGCCAUGUAUCAAGGAGUUCGCAUUUUUGCAUCUAAUCUUAAAGAAAACAUGGCUCAAAGAUUUUAUAAUCUUGUUCUCCUUCCUAGAAUUAGAGAUGACAUAGAAGAAUAUAAAAAAUUAAAUUUUCAUUUGUAUGAAGCUUUAAAAAAAGCUCUAUUUAAACCAGGAGCAUUUAUGAAAGGAAUUCUUAUUCCUUUAUGUGAGAGUGGUACAUGUACGCUUCGAGAAGCUAUUAUUAUUGGUUCAGUUAUUGCUAAAAAUUCUAUCCCAAUGCUACAUUCAGCAGCUGCUAUUCUCAAGUUGGCUGAAAUGGAUUAUAAUGGAGCAACAUCUAUUUUUUUAAGAAUAUUUUUUGAUAAAAAAUAUGCACUACCAUAUAGAGUUAUUGAUGCUGUUGUAUUCCAUUUUUUAAGGUUUGAAAAUGACCCUAGGGAAUUACCUGUUUUAUGGCAUCAAUCAUUAUUGACUUUUGCUCAACGUUAUAAAACUGAUAUUAGCUCUGAACAGAAAAAAGCUCUAUUAAAGUUGUUAAGAUCUAAAUCUCAUUCAACAAUUACUCCAGAAAUUCGUCGUGAGUAUGAAAAUUCUACAUGUAGAGAUAUAGAAAUGUCUGAACCUAUGAUGUAAAGAAAUGUCGUUUAAGUGAUAAGUUUUAAAUAUGAUAAUUAAUGUUUUAACUAUUAUGUUGACUAUAAUAAAAUAAAAUUUUUUAAGUA